AUGAAAGCUUUGAAGGCUUUAGUCACAAAACAACAAGUUCUGGAAUUUGAUGUAGCUCUCGAAGGGGUUUGCAGUUUUAGUGAUGUCGAGAUGGCAAAGACAGAAGCGAGAAUGACAAGAAAUUAUUAUCCGAGAAAGGAUGAGAUUCUAAUACUUCUUCCCCUUAAUUCCUCAAGGUCGAACUUAUCUAAGGAAGAGAUUGAAAAGGAAAUAAAAAUUCAUUGUUCCUCUGCAUUGAGAAGACUUCCAAUCCGAAAGUCCGCCUUUCUUAGCACGGCCGAGCAACAAAGUGCGGCUAGUGCUGAUAGAAAGGCAGGGGAUAUUCUAUAUAUAAUAGAAGGGAUCCGUUUUUGGGUAUACACACCCUCAACCACAAUUAUGUCGCAAUCUUUCGCCGGCGGUAUGGUCAGAAGAGGGUUAUCAACGACUGGAUAUCGUCCUCCACCUUUACCGACUUUUUUUUUUCACAAAAAGGGAAGACGUCAAUCAGGAACUGAUCUCGAUAUUUUAUGGACUCAGGUUGACUGUUCUCUUCUGCUGGAUUUUCGCGAAACUAAAUCUACCAAACUAUUUCCUAAUACUUGGUACAUUCGUCCGAAUUGCGAAUAUACUAUAUAUACCGUGUUGGACGGGGACACAAAAUUGACUUUCGAGGUUUCGGUAAAUGACAAAGAAGAGGAUGACAGGGUGAAGCUGUGGCGGGAAAUGAAAACGAGUUUGAAUCCAGGUUGCAGAACAUCGCACUUGUCAAUAAUUCUUUGUUGUUCCACGCACUGGGUGUUAGAUAAGAGCGACUCAAGCGACGAAGUUCAAGUGUCCUCGGUUGCUGACAAUGCUGAUGAAGAAUCUGAUGUUCCCUACAAAGAACAAAAAGACGACAGAGAAUUUAAGCGCAAGGAAAACUUACUCCCGAAGGACAAAAUGUUGUAA